UUUGUUUUAGUCUUGAUGAAUUUAGAGUGACUAUGUUUAACUAGUUACCAAGAUUGUCAAUUGGUCGUCCAUUUUGUUGGUGUAGAUCUCUCCAAUCAUAUUGCAUCUCGUGAUGCGUAAAGUCCUUCACGUCAGUUGGUCUGUUAGUCAGAUUUGUUUAGUGAAAGUGGACUCCACUUAUUUUCAAUACUUCUUAGUUCAUUGUUUUUACCCAUUUGGAGGAAUGCAUCUUUGGAUGAACGCUUCAGGGGGAUUAUUUAUCAAGAAUGAGUCGCGAGCAAACGAUGAACCAAYGAUUCACAUUGCUACCAGGGUUUUCUUUUACCUUACAAUGCUCAUGUCAGUGUUUGGUAAUCUUCUUGUCAUCGUAGCAAUUUUCAGCAGUACAAGACUGAGGUCUUUGAAGGGGAACAGACUGCUAUGUAGCCUAGCCGUGGCGGAUUUUCUACAGGGAGCCGUGGCAGUACCUAUGAGAAUCAUUGAAACAUAUCCACACUACUCUCGCCUUCUAAGCUGUCGAGUUUCAAUUCCAUUCAGCAUCAUGUUUGGUGGCACGUCAAACCUAACCAUACUCUUCAUUAGCAUAGAACGUUUUCUGUCCAUAUAUUUUCCAUAUUUGUACGUACACUUUAUCACUGGUCGCUCAGUGAACCUCACCAUUGCGUUUGCUUGGACGACGGUCGGAAUACUGUCCAUAAUGUCUGCAAGUUCGUUGUUCUGGCAGAAACAGCAAGCACAAUUAUGCAGUUUCCCGUUGCACUUGUCAAAAGAGUUCAUCUUGGUUUUGUAUGUUUAUAUCCAUUUAAUACCAUUAACGUUCGUAAUGAUGGUUUAUGGGUUUAUCCUGAAGGCGAGUUGUACACAACAUAGGCGUAUCCAUCAGCAAAAAAUAGCCGUUGCCACCAAUCAGAUGCCACGAAAAGGAUCUCACUCUACAACUGCUGAUCAAAGUUCCCGCAGUCUCGUCGAGUACUUGAGAGUACUUAAAAGUGUAAGAGUUGUAACUGUAGUUGCUGGUCUAUUUAUUCUGCUCGUUUCGCCUAUCAUUAUCAUCGAUAUAAUGGACAUCUUGCAACGGGGCAGGCCGUCACAAGAAGUUGUCAUGGUGACUGUUUGCAUGAUUUAUGCCAAUAGCUGUGUUAACGUCUUUGUUUACGCGGGAUUAAACAGAGAUUUUAGAACUGCCUUCAAAAAAAUUUUGACUCGAAGCUUUUCAUGUUUUCUCAAGACAUCAUGAAUAGACGACAUUGCUGAAUUCAUGUUGGACUGAUCAGUGGUUGAUCCAGAACGCUACAAAGGGUAGUAGCUACGUCAGUAGAUUAAUUAAGAGCUGAGGACUGAUUGAAUUUUCUUUCAGAUGAACGCUGCUUUAUUUGUUUUUCAGAUCGAGUCCCAUUCAGAUAUAUAGAGGAUAUUGCAUGGGCGCGAAGAGAUACGGAUUGUAUCUUCGAGUUUUUGAAAAGAUCUCUCACGAGUGAACGUAGCGAAGAUUUUCAACACGAGAAGAUAAAAUUCGUAUCUC